AGACCCAGCAGCCAGGAAAUGAUCUGGAAAGUGCAGCUUCAGCCCCCAGCCAUCUGCCAGCCCCCGAACCCCAGGCCCUAAUGGGCCAGGCGGCAGGGUUGGCAGGUAGGGAAGAUGGGCUCUGCGCCUAUAAAGCCAGCGGGGACCCAGCAGCCCUUAGCAGUCCGGGACCAGCUGCAUCACAGGAGGCCAGCGAACAGGUCACUGUCCUUCUACCAUGGCCCUGUGGAUGCACCUCCUGCCCUUGCUGGGGCUGCUGGCCCUCUGGGGACCCGAGCCGGCCCCGGCCUUUGUCAACCAGCACCUGUGCGGCCCCCACCUGGUGGAAGCCCUCUACCUGGUGUGCGGGGAGCGAGGUUUUUUCUACGCACCCAAGACCCGCCGGGAGGCGGAGGACCUGCAGGUGGGGCAGGUGGAGCUGGGUGGGGGCUCUAUCACGGGCAGCCUGCCGCCCUUGGAGGGUCCCCUGCAGAAACGUGGCGUUGUGGAUCAGUGCUGCACCAGCAUCUGCUCCCUCUACCAGCUGCAGAACUACUGCAACUAGACUGGGCUCACAGGCCACCCCGUGCCCACUGCCGCCUGCACCAGCACCUGCUCCCUCUACCAGCUGGAGAACCGCAACUAGCCAUGGCCCGCAGGCAGGCCCAAAUGCAGCCCUGCGCCCUCCACACCUGCACCAUGAGUGAUGGAAUAAAGCCUUGAACCAGC